CGCCUGGAAGCCCAUGCCGGGCCGGAGCCGGGCCGGGAUUGCUCAUGAGGCCUCUGCCGAGCGAGAGUAGGAAGAACCGCGGCAUAUCCCUGGGGCUCCUCGCCCUCUGCCUGACCGCAGCCUGCUGUCUGCAAAGUCAGGGUGUGUCCCUGUACAUCCCCCAGUCGGCCAUCAAUGCCACAGUGGAGGAAGACAUCUUGCUUUCGGUUGACUACUCCUGUCAUGGCAUCCCCACCAUUGAAUGGAAGUACACCUCCAACUGGGGCGCACAGAAGAUCGUGGAGUGGAAGCCGGGCACUCAGGCCAACAUCUCCCAGAGCCACAAGGACAGGCUCUGCACUUUCGACAACGGCUCCAUCCAGCUCUUCGGCGUGGGCGUGAGGGACUCGGGCUACUACAUCAUCACGGUGACGGAGCGCUUGGGGAGCAGCCAGUUUGGCACCAUCGUGCUGCACGUGUCGGAGAUCCUCUAUGAAGACCUCCAUUUUGUGGCUGUCUUCCUUGCUUUGCUCGCUGCCGUGGCCGCGCUGUUAAUCAGCCUCAUGUGGGUUUGUAAUAAGUGUGCGUAUAAAUUCCAGAGGAAGAGAAGACACAAACUCAAAGAGAGCACCACUGAGGAGAUUGAGCUGCAAGAUGUGGAGUGUUAGCCAAGGCUGCGCCCAGUUACAUUCCUACCUCAAGAGGAGAAGAGUAUUUUCCACAAAGGGCUCGAACGCCGCCAAUCCGCCCUCCCCGCCUCCUGCCGCCCGGCCAGUAGCCACACGGUCCCAAGGGGACUGCGGAUGUUAGCGAAAUUGACUCCGUGGACUCCAGGACUCUGGAUUGGACAAAGUCCGUUCUAGUGCUUGCAAGAAGCUCAAGGAGAAGCGCGCUUGAGGCUUUGGGCCAGAGCCUCGCUCGGCGGCCGCUUUGCGGACCCACGCCAGUGGCCUCGUGCUGGUCGGGCCGCUUGCUGGCUACGCUCGUCGCGGCCCUGGGGGUGGCCGCUGGAGGUAUCCCCGUGUCCGAGGCCGGAGUGGCCCCGGACCGAGCAUGCAGCCAGCAUUGGACAGGCUCUCCGUGUUCCUUUCUGCUCUGCUGGUCCCUCCAGCCUCUGCUGCGGGAGCUACUGUGAGAAGACCCGAGGCUUUUAGAUGAUCUGCCUGCCAUGCAGGGGGAGAGACUGGGCCCUAAUGAGAAAACGCAUCAGCAGGAAACCCGUUUGGAUCCGGGCACCUGCUGGCAUCUGUGUGUGCUCUUUUACACCACCUGCUUUCCAGAACUGUGCUUCUAGCUUGUCAGAAGUCAGGGGUGGUAAUCUCCAGAAUAAAAGGAGAAAUGGAAAAGCGGAACCAGUGAGAGGCCUUCAUGGCAAACCCAAAUGUAAAUUAAACUGCCCCCCACCCCAAAGCUCAUGAAAAGUUAUGCCCCUGGCUUUCCAUUUCUUUAUUUUGCACUUUUAAAGCUCCCUCCAUCCUGAACAGUCUUGUGGAAAGUAUUUGAUUCCAGAGCCUGAAGUGUUUGUCUAUUUUUCAGAAAAGAAAAUCUGAAAUUCCAGAGGUUGGCCACUGGAAAUGUUAAGCUAUAAGUUAUGUUUUAAACUGUGAAAAAAAAAAUUGCUGUAAAGAACAAAAUAAAGCCUGAAAACAAAGCCCCAGCCCUUUGUGUGUGAGCCCAGUCCUGCCAAGCGCUCAGAGGCCCUGGGUGAGGUUUCCAUCACCUGUGGGCAUUAGAAAAACCCCAGCCACACCCAUGGGU